UGGCGGAGGAGGGGCCGAGGUUAUGUCCGGCUCGUCGGCCUCCCAGAGCCCCGACAUCGCCUGCGCGAGCCUCCCACUGGAGCUCCUCGCCGCCGGCGGCCUGCCUGUCAAGGAAGAGGACCAGCACUCGGACUGUCAGCACUCGCAGCGCCAACAACAACACCAGCAGCAACAGCAGCAGCAGCAGCAGCAGCAACAGGGAGCCUCGGUGAUCGUGCCGCCGGGCCACGACUGCGACGUCGACUCGCGCGCCGGCGACGAGCAGGAGGGUGGCCUCCUCUCGCCCGGCAAGCUCUCGCCGACCUCCGGCAUCAGCGUCAGCGUCGCCAGCAUGAUAGACGCCAGCGACUUCCGGGCGAUGCAACCCGAGCCGACCUACCAGACCCUGACCAGCGUCGCCGAGAGGAUGUCGCCGCCGGGCUUCUCGCCGGGCUCGAGCUACGCCACGCUGACACCGCUCCAGCCGCUGCCGCCCAUCAGCACGAUGAGCGACAAGUUUGUUUACGGCUCGCACGCCGCCUCGGGCCACGGAGUCGUCGGCGGCGGCGGCGGGGCCGGCUCCGGGGUCACCGGCAGCUUCGCCGUCAUGCAGAACAACGGCCUGGCGAACAUCGGCCUCGCCGGCAUGCCCGGCUCGCCCUACAGCUACGACAAGCUCGCCUCCAUGGGUAUGUCGCCGCCGCCCUGCGGGCACAACUACCCCUCGCCCUCGGCGGGCCUCCAGCCCUCGCCGCUCUCGCCCCAGAGCGCCUACAGCCAGAGCGCCCUCAACUCGCCGCACAAGUCCGCCUCGCCGCACUACGAGCCCGCCUUUCUGCCGAGGCUGCAGCAGAGCCCCGCGGCCCUCUCGCCGCCCUCGCCGACGCCGCAGCUGGGCCAGCAGCAGGGCCAGAGCUUCGGUCAGUCGCAGCACCACUCGCACUCGCCGACGGGGCUCUCGGGGCCGGCCGCCUCGCCGCCGCCGUCGCUCCAGCAGCAGCAGCAGCAACUUCACCACCAGCAGCAGCAGCAGCAGCAGCAGACGAUCUCGCACACGCAGCACGUGCAGCACACGUCGGUGGUGAUGAAGACCGUGUCGGCGGCGGCGGCUGCCUCCACGGGGAACGGCGCCGGCGGAGGCGGGGGCGGCAGCGAGGUCGAGGAGAUCAACACGAAGGAGCUGGCGCAGCGGAUCAGCGCGGAGCUCAAGAGGUACAGCAUACCGCAGGCGAUCUUCGCGCAGAGGGUGCUGUGCCGGAGCCAGGGCACCCUCUCGGACCUGCUGCGCAACCCCAAGCCCUGGUCGAAGCUCAAGAGCGGCCGCGAGACCUUCCGCCGCAUGUGGAAGUGGCUGCAGGAGCCCGAGUUCCAGCGGAUGUCGGCCCUCAGGCUCGCAGCGCUGAGCAACUGCUCUGAGAGCGGCGGUGACCCGGACGCCAUGCUGGAUAUCCACCACACCGGGCCUGUAUCCAUCGACACGCAUCACCAACAGUUUCACAACUCAUAUGACUGCCAGAUGCGCAAUGUUAACGUGCGAUCAGUCAACUCUAAAAGAAGGAAAACACCCUCCUCUUCCUGCUUCUGCACAGAUUCCACAACGAGGAAUUUCAUCAAUUUCAGCCUGCAAGAGGAAAGACGAGAUGUCGAGCCAGGCCGAACACCAGCAACCCGCCCCCAAGAAACCCCGACUGGUUUUCACAGACCUUCAGCGCCGUACUCUACAGGCUAUUUUUAAAGAGACAAAGAGGCCGUCGAAGGAGAUGCAGGUGACAAUCGCGCGUCAGCUCGGCUUGGAGCCGACGACGGUGGGUAACUUCUUCAUGAACGCGCGUCGGCGCUCGAUGGACAAGUGGAAGGACGAGGACCCAAAGUCGGUGCAGAGCGUCGACGAGGGACAGCUCUCGCCGACGAUCGGCAUCAGUCCCCGACAGGCCAGCGACGUUUUGUGACACACGUCCGACCAGGAGGAGUACCACGACGAGUCACCCGAAGAAGACCUUGGCUUCUCGUAAAAACACUCUCUCUCUCUCUCUCUUCGCCUGUAAACUCGCGCCGGUUAUAUCCUCCUGUGCGCGCAACGCUUUCCCACCUCUCUCUCUCUCUCUCUCUCUGAUUCCGUAUGCGUUCGCAUUCCGAUGACCAAGUGCCAUGGACAGUGUUUAUUACCUUACCUUCGUUCUAGUCUGGAGAGUCGACGAGGACUGGCUUUUACGCGCAGCUAUAUUAUAUUAUUAGACGUGUAUAGAGAUAUGUAUACUUUCCUCAGACAAGCAAUCUAGUCAAAAUUGUCGCUGUGGAUUUUAUCGGCCAGCCGCUCUCUCCGGCUCGGCCCUGAGCAAGAGCCCCCCCUCCACAAGAGCGGCACAAGUUCCUAUAGGCGAGAAAGAAACACACAAGGGCCUGUAUACGCGCAGGGCCGAGACGCCGGAGAGCGGUGCACAGGCAGUCGUCGUUGUAAUCGUUAUUAUACUCGCAGUCGGUAUAUGUUAUAUUAUACUUUGUUGUAAGCUUAUCGCGCGCGUGCGAGUUGCGUUGCGCGCAGUUGCGCCAAGGAGAUGAGAGAGAAGGAGGGAUAACCGAGCGCGAGGGAAAGAGAGCAGACUCGUCAGCGAUUCCUCGCUGGUCAACCGCCCUGUCGGCGGAUUUUUCAAGUGAUAAGGAGGAGGAUCAAUAAGAUAAUAGAUUACGGUGACGUAGACACGCUCACGUACACACAGACUCACAAGGGACUCAAAACCGUGCUGAUUAUUCUUGUAAACAUAUAGAUUUCGUUGCUCGCCAAGUCGAAUUGUACAUAUUAUACACGCCGCGAUGAGACGUAUAUUAUACAUAUGCCAGAGGGGAUUUCCGUUGCAUGCGAACCGACACUGUGAACCGGGAUUGCUUUUUCGGGAUCUUCGAGCAAGCUACACUACGCGUAUAAUCCGCUUGAUAUCAAUAGCCUCUAUUCGUUCGCGUCGCGAGUCAUGUACUCGCACACAUUUUAAUAAGUUUGUGCUUUCAAAGUUGUGAAAUGAAAUGAAAUUUAACUAAUGCAGUAUUCGACGAAUCAAUUGAGAGGAAGAAACGCACGGUCGCGAAACAGUCAUUGUAAAAAUUCAUCGUACCAAAAGCGGCAGUUUUUACCGCCGGUUUAAGAUCAUAUAUAGUACAAAGUAAACAUAUAUUAUAAUAAUAAUGAUGAUGAGGUAAAUUAAAUGAGGGGGCGCGCGAGAGAGAUGUGCCCCAAAAUUAAAAGAAGCUCAAAGAAGUAUGAAAUCGUUCAAUAAGAAAUGACGCGGCGGCGAUCGUUCAUUGAGAAGUUACCUUUGUCUCUGAGAGACUAGCAGUCGUGAGGAUGAAGUCGCGAGUUCCGAUUUUUGCAUUACCGCUGUGUAUUGCCACUAAUACUUGACUCGCACGUCGACCUUAUACAAAUCUCGGCAGACUCGGGGGCCGCGAUAACGACUCGAGAAGUAUAUAUUUCACGUGUAUAACGAGUCAUUAAUUUUUCGCGAGGAAUUGGCCGAUCGAGGCGCUGUGUAAAUUAAAAGAAGUAGCUUGUACGAAUUCGAAUAUAGUGGUUUUUCCCAAGACUUGAAAAGAAAAUUGUUAGCGUUUAAUAAUGUAGAGUAAGCGCAUGGCGUGAAGCAAUGAGAUUUGUAAAAGAUUUAAAAAGUGUAACGACGACGAUCGUUCGAUUAGAGACGUGCAAUCGCAAUAUAAGUGCUAAUGGCAUUGGAGUGUAAAAUUUUUGUCCGAGUGAGCUUUCGUGCGGGGAUACAAGAUGAACAAAAAUAAGGGAUGAGCAGCCGCCGUGACGGCGUCUGGAACAUAUAGUGACUUGUAUAAUAACAGUGUACAUACAUUAGUUACGAAGAAAAGUUUAUUAUUACCGAUGAUUAUUAUUACGACGAAAAAUGAUUAUUAUUGCGAUUAUUGAUUAUUAUUCUAUAAAUAUUGAUGCAAGUGUUUUUGUUAAGGAAUCUAAGCAGUAGAUAGUUACAUAGUAGACAAAAAAAUGGUAUAAACUUGUAUAAUGUAUCGCGAAAGCGGGAUACACACCUCUAGGUAAAGAAACAGGCAGCGUAACAUAAGCAAAGGAACAUAGUAUAAUAUAUUAAUAAUAGUGGUAAUCAUUAUAAAUUAAAGAAAAAAACGUGAAUACUACACUAUGAAUAUGUGAGCGCUACGGGCGGAGGACUGAUUGAUUUGUUUUCUUCGAUCCUUCGGCUGGAGGGACACGCGGCGAGUUUACUUAAUUGGACAUUUAAGAGAAGCGAAACGACACGUUCAUUUCCUUUUCGUAUACAAGAGACAAAUUGUUAAUCUAUUUAUAUAUAAGAGUAACGUGCGAGUUUGAUGAUUUGUCAAAAAAUUCCUUCAUGUUGAUGCGAUCAUUGAUGCAUUGAUUUUGCGUACUUGAUGAUUCGUCGCGGUUUUAUGCAGUCAUUUUCGUUAUGAACGAAUACAAAAUAGAGAGAAAAAGGCAACGUUAUCGCUAAAUUUUUAACCAAGCUAAAGAGAAUAGCUUUUUAUGCGCCAACAGGAGGGAAUUUCAAAUCACGCAGAUAGGAUUUGUAGAAAUAUUAUGGGGAAAAGAGAGACGAUGAUCAUUCCACGGGGGAAAAGAGUCUGUUUCUGAUCCGUGUGUAUACGUGUGUUUUUUAUACGCAAACGCUAUAAGUACUUGAAACUUAUUCUUACUAUAAUUCCAAAUGAACAAAAGCAAGGCAAAAAUUGAGAGCAGAUCGACACCGGUGUAAUUUAGGUCGAGUGUCGGUGUAAUUAUUAUAGGCGAAAACUAAAUCAUAAGGAACGACUGCGUGCUCGCUCACUCACUGGCCGUUAAUAAACAUCUUGCAUUGUCUUUUGAUGUGUUGCCUCUGGUUUUCGAAACUUUCUUAUCAUUCCAAAUGUAAAGAUUCAUUGCCAUACUUUCGAGACAUUCCAAUUAUACGUUAUACAUAAAUAAUUGCGCAAUGUACGAUUAGCAACUAAUCUACUCUAUUUAUUGCUUGAAUUAUUUAUUAACUACCCUAAUUUAUUUAUUUAUUUAUUUGUAUCGUCUAACGAUGUAUCGAAGAAAUCUGUAUUAAAUCAUUUACCAAUCUAGAUCUGUGCGUACGAAUUGUUUGCGUUAUUCGAAUAAAUUUUUAAAAGACACUGAAAUGUGAUAAAAAAUAACAAAGAUAGAUAUCCCGACGUUCAUUCGCCAGGGCUCAUUGCAAACGUUCUAACAUCAGUAGCUGCUAUUGCGAUGUACAGAAUCUCUUGACUUUUCCCUGUCGGAUCGAAGUGCCUAGGAAGGAACAAUUGAUAAAGCACUAAACUAAUAAUUACAUUCUCGGUGUCAUUUAAAGGAAGAGAAAAGAAUGAAGGAAAAGCACACGUCUCUUGCGCUCGGUACACACUGUUGUUACGCUGCUGCAUCGAAUUCCAUUACUGGCUUCAUCGAGUGUCAAGCCGCGAGCAGAUCAUUUUUUUACAUUCAUACGUUGACGGGGAACUUGCGCGCGAACACGCACCGACGAAGCUUGUAAUACAAACCCUAACUAAAGACACGUGUAGAUUCUUAACCGAAGACAUAUCUAUCGAACGAAUAGACGCGAAGACGACUCCUCGCUGAGCCGUGGCACAAUAAUAUGCGGCUGUCGAGACAUAGAGGUGCUGUAUGUACAAGUUGAAAUAAAAAAAAAAAAAACCACUGAACAGUUUGUCGCUUCGAGUACCGUGUAAUUUAUAUAGAUUUCAAACGCAAUGUAUCGUCGGCAAUAUCAAAACGUGUUUCUCGCUUGAGUAUAAUUAUUAGAACAAUGAACAUGAACCAGUAUCACGAGGAAGCCUUCAUAGAGAAAAUAAACCAAUAAAUGAACAAAAAAAUAAAUAAAAUAAUAAACAAUAAAUAAAUCACCGAGCUCCAGCGCGUUGUUAAUCGAAGUGCGAGAGGAUCAGCUGCAAUUAUACGUUUAUAUUGUAUACCGUGAAGGGGUUUUGAAUUCGAGUGCAUUCGAACAAAGAGACAAGGGACGGCAGCGAUUGCGAUUAUGAAAAUAAUAAUAAUGAAGAUGAAAAAAAAAGAAUAAAAUAAAAUAACGUGUCUGCUGGUAAAUAUAUCUGGAUUGUAUCUUAUUUUGACUAUCACAGUGUAAACAACAAGAAAAAUAGUUCACACGACAAUAAGGUAUCGAUUAGUUGACGGAUAGGAGAUAAUGUAAAAUACAAAUACAAACCACGUAAACAUUAUUAUAUUUAUUAUAUCACGAGAGUCGUCGUAUGAUUGUUGGCGAGAGAAAGCGUGCUCUAACCGGGAGAAUCGAAAGGAUCGACGGACUGAGCGAGAAAAUCCAAGUUGAAAAUAAGGAGGCUCAUAUAUACUUUGAUAUACAGAAGAAAGAGCAAGUGCGCGCAUGAGAGUUGGCGAGGUGACUGAUCGUAUUAGUGUGUGAUCCAAGGUGUGAUCGAUAGUCGAUUCGCAAAUCCGAGGAAAGUUCACGUGGCAUACCAAAGGAUAAAAAAUAGCUUACAUGAAUAUUCAUUAUCGAUUAUUUAUAUACUUACUUAGGCAUCUAAUUAAGAGAUGUGGUUAUGAACCCGGUAUGGUAAGGCGAACAAUAUUACGGAAGGAUGGAUGACUAUCAUUUAUUUAUUUUUAAUGCGUAGAGCAAACUGCUAUAAUGCCAGGAUCAAGUUGUCGAAAAUUGAUAAAUUCUUCUUGUAAAGAGCGAGCGCGAAUGCGAGGACUAUAUACUUAAUAUAAUAUUGAAUUGGCGAGAAAUUUCAUACACUAUGUAAGAUUAGCAAUGUCGCAUACAACUGGAUUCUGGCAUAAUGUGUACCUAUGUAAUAGACACAUUGACGAUCAAGGCGUGAACAAUUGUAAACUACUGUAAACUACAAUGUUACUACGUUUUACGAAGAGCUUAUUGUAGUCGAGAAUUAUUAAACACGAUUUUAAGUCAUGAACAGAACAAAAACCGGUAUUGAGUGUAGCACUUAAAUUCUUUACACUUUUGCACGAGACGUGUGUUGUAUUUAAUUGAUCGAUUAAUCGACAUGUAAUUACCAUUUUAUUACUUAGAAAAUUAAACUUAAUUUAAUUACCAUUAUAAUCGAGUCGCUUAUGUUACGCCCUUGUUGAUUGUUUGCUUCUUUUCAUUUCGUUUUCACUUUCAGUUUUGUAAACGAAUGUGCAAUCAAUCGCCUUGUAAAAACAAUAAUUCAUGUGUAAGGCAUCUUAAUUUACUUGUACGCAAAUACAUACCAAGUGCCGCGAAUUUUAUACUUUCCAAUUCGACUGUUUGUCGCUAAUUUUUACCUAGAUUGAUCAUUCUUUAGUGUACUUGUAAAAACGUAAACCUAUUAACUUUGAUUUUUGUUUAAACUACACGACGACAUAAAAAAAAACAUCAGUUUAAUGUUGAAGGCGUGUCUUGGGGACAAAAGCACGAUGUGAUUUUUCACGCUCUUCUUUUUCCAUAUGGGUACAAAACAUGUGUAAGACACAAAAUGUAGGCACAUACAUACUUAUAGACUAGAUGUUCCUUUGUGUUUAAUAAAUUUUUAUAUCAAAACAAA